AUACAAGCCCUUUUUAGACGAAAAGGUACUUCCUGGUUGGAUGGAUCCGACUUGUUGUCUUCCUUUUCCCGCAUAGCUUGCUGGAUUUCACCUAGCACGGACGCACCGUGUUUAAUAACGUUUUUUAUAUCGAGAUAACCCAUUAAUUAACAAGCAUCAGUCUGAAACAGAGACGGUUGUAAGGGCGGGAGCAGCGGGGCCGUUAACAGCAGCUGUGCGGACAUCGGAGAGGUUAGCUUGGACUGAGCUAGCAAACGCCGCGGAGCAUCGGAUUGCUGACCCCGGGUUGGCGUCUUUCCAUUCUCUGAAAGCUUGUAACAGUCGGAGAACUACAAGAAAAGACUGAAGGAAGCCGUAAAACCAAGAGUAUGAGAUUGGAGCCACGGGGGCUGUAGGAUGAAGAGUCCGGCGCACCGCACCAGAGACAUCGAGCGGCAAGCUGGCUACCUGAAGCCCGAGCACUGCGCCCCUCCUCCUCCCCGCGGCAACUCAGGCACCAUGUGGUUUAUCCGUGACAGCUGCGGCAUUGCGUGUGGCGUUAUCACCUGGCUCCUGGUCUUCUAUGCAGAGUUUGUGGUGGUGUUCGUACUGCUCCUCCCAGCAAAAAACGUGGCCUACAGCCUCUUUAACGGGGUUCUCUUUAAUGGCCUCGCCUUCCUCGCCCUCGCCUCUCAUGCCAGGGCGAUGUGCACAGACCCGGGAGCUGUGCCCAAAGGGAACGCAACCAAAGAAUUUAUCGAAAGUCUGCAACUCAAACCAGGACAGGUGGUGUACAAGUGUCCAAAGUGCUGCAGCAUCAAGCCUGACAGAGCCCACCACUGCAGUGUGUGCAAGCGCUGCAUCAAAAAGAUGGACCACCACUGUCCCUGGGUGAACAACUGUGUUGGAGAGAACAACCAGAAAUUCUUUGUGCUCUUUACUAUGUAUAUUGCACUAAUAUCCUUCCACGCGUUACUAAUGGCUGCCUUCCACUUUGUUUUCUGCUUUGAAGAAGACUGGACAAAGUGUAGCAACUUUUCUCCACCAACAACAGUCAUCCUCCUCAUCCUCCUCUGCUUUGAGGGUCUGCUCUUCCUGAUCUUCACUGCGGUCAUGUUUGGGACUCAGGUUCACUCCAUCUGUACUGAUGAAACGGGCAUCGAGCAGCUAAAAAAGGAGGAGAGAAGAUGGGCCAAAAAGUCCAAAUGGAUGAACAUGAAGGUGGUGUUCGGCCACCCCUUCUCUAUAGCCUGGCUCAGCCCGUUUGCGGCGCCGGACCAUGGCAAGGCCGACCUGUACCAGUACAUCGUGUGAAAGCUGGAAACCAAGCUGACACCGCUUGUGACCUGGACCUGAACUCAUUUUAAGCGUCUCUUCAUUUUCUUUCCUUUCUGAAUGAUGGAUAUU